CUCGGGGAAGCCGCUCGGCCGGGGCCCAGGAGGUGCCCUUCUCCAGCGGGGCGCUACCAGGAUGCUCCAAGCAGGAGGUGACGUCCCAGUGGGGGGGACACGAGGAGAAGGGCUGAGACACAGAGGUGCUCUCCUGCGUGAAGCAUGUUCGGGGGGAGACAGGGGGCUGCAGGUUGACCUUCCCAUCCCCUAACUCCCUCCCUGCCUAUCCCUGGUCCAUGGGUGCCCCCCUCCCCGCCCUCCCCUCCUCCCUCAACUCCAGCGCCGAGGAAGCCGAGCCGGAGGCAGUGCUGAGCCGGAUAUGCAGCGACUCCCCGCAUCCCUCCUUGGCAGAGCGCGGUGACACCGCGGCAGCCACCACGGAGAGGACACAGGACCCCCCCCUGGGCCCGCCAUGCCCCUUUGAGGGGGUGGCCUGGACCCCGAGACCCCCGCAGGGCCCCCCGCAGGGCUGCUUCGCCUGCAUCGCCAAGCCCCCAGCUCUCCGGCAAGCUUCGCCCGUCCUGUCUCCUUCUUCUGCCGUUUAUCUCAUGGAGAGCAAGAGCUGCAAAGGGGACAGCCUGCGGCCAGCGGUCCCAUGCAAGCACUCGGUGGAGAAGAAGACGAUGACCAACCCCACCACUGUCAUCGAAAUCUACCCCGACACCACCGAGGUGAAUGACUACUAUCUCUGGUCCAUCUUCAACUUUGUAUACCUCAACUUCUGCUGCCUCGGCUUCAUCGCCUUGGCCUAUUCAUUGAAAGUCCGGGAUAAGAAACUCCUCAAUGACUUAAAUGGAGCAGUUGAAGAUGCCAAGACAGCCCGGCUUUUUAACAUCACCAGCUCAGCCCUUGCCACCUUCUGUAUCAUCCUUAUCUUCAUCUUCCUGCGAUACCCUCUCACUGACUACUGAGUGAGGCCAACAGCAGCUGCUGCCGCCAAAAUGCCUCUAUGCCAGAAGUGUCUGCAGUUUCUUGUAGCAAGGACACACAAAACAAGCCAACCACUACACCUUGAUUGCCAAAAAAAAAAAGUCAAUUAAAUACAUAAAUAAAUGUUAAAUUAGUUUAUCAGCCCAGCUGAGCAUACCUUUCUUGCCCUGAAAUGGUAUGUGAACAGCUGAAGGAAAGGGUCUCACUCUUACACAUGUACAGGAAGAAAAAUAGACCAAGAAAUAUUUGUUUUAUGGCCAACAAGCUGUGUGAAAAGAGCGUGCAAAGCCCAGAGCUACGCACACUUAGUGGCAGACAGCUGCGCUCUGGGAAGCAGUGUGGUCCUGUGGAGCUGGAGACACAUGCAGUGAUGGAUGGGGAUCAUGGCAGGGCUGGCUUACAACAUAUCAGGUGUGUUCAGACCGCCCCACCACCCCCAGCUUGUGGGGGUUUCUUUUCCUUUUUUUUUCUCUUGAAUUCCAUCCACUGGUUCAAACAACUCCCAACCCCUGGAGAGCUGAAGCUGUUAGGAAGUUUAUGGUGGGGAGCCCCAAAGCCUCCAGAGAAACCCCAAAGUGUUAAAGGGCACGUUUCUCCUUGGGAUCUCCCAGCAGUGCUGAGAAGGAAGGCACCUUCUGGAGAACUCGCCUAAGCCACCUAAUUGGAGUGCUACUGUAUUUCUGUAAACAGUCAAUAAAAAGAUACCUCUGAUAUGUG